AUGUCACAAGUUGAGCAUGUUUUCAAGAUAAACUCGGAACGUGUCAAAAAUUUGAAUCGUCUUCAUCGAGCUGCUGCUUUUUCACUUUUUCGAGAUUUGCAAUUGCAGGAUAUGAAAUGGAAUAAGAAGGUGGUUAGAUCGGAUUAUAAAGUUUAUGAUUUGAAUAAUCGAGUGGUAAAUAAAUUAAAUACAGCGGAUCUAAAGCUGUUUCUCUUCAGAUCUUCUAUGUGAGCAGCACAACAGCAGUUCGAAUAACCAAAGACGCUCCAUUUUGCCUCAAAGUCAUGAACAAAGAUCAGAAAGAUGUUGCAAAAUUCAUCAGAUCUGAGCCAAGAAAUAAUGCGCGAAGAAAUGGAUUGGUUUCGAUGUUUGGGUGUUGUGCGGCUGCCAGGGAUGUUAUGGAUAUUUUGGAUGAUGAGAGCAAUUUGGUAGGUUGACGUGGCAAGGCUGAAUUUCAGCAAAAAUCUGAAAAAAAUGAUAUAUGGCCGAACUAUUUUGGUGGCCGAGAAUUGUCGGGAGCUCGGCCAAAGCAACAUUUUUUUCAAAAAUUGUUUUUAAAAAGCGCUUUUUCAGCGUUUCCGAGCCAUAUAACCAAGAAAAUGUAUUUCCAGAUAGCUCGCGCAAUAGUGCACACCGAUCAACUUCGCGGAACUCACAUCACAAUUCGCGAUCCCGAUGAUCAAAUAAUAAUUCUUGUUCGAAAAGUGAAAGAUCAAAAUGAUAUAUUCUAUGUUUUGGAUGGCACAGACCGAUUUUUGGGAGAAAUUCGACAGAAAAUCAUAUCAUCUGGUAAUGCGACAGAUAAUUAUAAAGGUGUAUCAUCGUGGUUUUCACCGGAUCUUCCAAUUGAUAUCAAAUUAUUGUUCUUGGCUGCGGUGUUUUUGGUGGAGAUUGAUUAUUUUAGCGAUAGAGAUUCGUGGCAAAUACCGUUUCAUACUACGGAACAAGAUUGUGAGUUUUGGCUGAAAAUCGAGCUAUUCCACGUGGAAAAUGAGCAAAUUUGAGGCGGGAAGGUUGAAAAUUUGAAAAUUCCAAGUUUCUCGUCGGAAAAAUGCGUGAAAACAUGUUGAAAAUUUCGCAUUUCCCACCGAAAUCUGUGUAGUUCUCGAGGACAAUACAAAUUUUUAAAAUUUCAAAUUUCGCGCCGAAAAAAUGCGUGUAGUUCUCGAGGACAAUACAAAUUUCUAAAAUUUCGAAUUUCCCACCGAAAUCUGUGUAGUUCUCGAGGACAAUACAAAUUUUAUACAAAAAACGAUCAAAAAUUCAAAAUUUCAAGUUUCGCGCCAAAAAAAUGCGUGUAGUUCUCGAGGACAAUACAAAUUUUUUUAAAUUUCAAGUUUCGCGCCGGAAAAAUGCGUGUAGUUCUCUUGGAAAACCCGGUAAAUUUUGAAUUUUUGAAACAAAAAUUCAAAAAUUGCUUUUGAGCAAAAUUCCCUAGGCUCCGCCCCCUUUUUGCAAGUCUGGCACACUAUUUCUAAAAAUUUGGAUGAAAAUGAGCAAAUUUGAGGCGGGAAAGUUGAAAAUUUAAAAAUUUGAGGCGGGAAAGUUGAAAAUUUGAAAAUUUCAAGUUUCGCGCUAGAAAAAUGCGUGUAGUUCUCUUGGAAAACAUGUUGAAUUUUUCAAAUUUCCCACCAAAAUCUGUGUAGUUCUCGUGGACAAUACCAAAUUUUCCCUAGAUCUCAAUCCAAUAAUCCGAACACCUCCAUAUCAUCAAAAAUUCCGACAAGUUCCACAGCCAAAAAAUAAAAAGAAGAAAAAGAAUCCAGAGGAACCUGUAAACGCUUCAAGAUCAGAGAAGUUCAAAUCAUCGUGUAAGUUGAGCUCCACCGAAAAAACACGCAACGCAGACCGCGCCGCGCCACAACAAAAGGGAGGGAAUUUGAAUCUGUGUUGUGGCGCGACGCGGUCUGCGUUGCGUGUUUAUUUCGGUGGAGCGCGUGGAGUACCGAUGCGAUUUUCGAUAAUAAUUUCUGACCAAUUUUUGACCAAAAAUGCACCAAUUCGUUGUUUUGGUCAAAAAUUGACCAAAAUUCGGUCGAAUCGUGAAUUUUGGUCAGUUUUUGGCCAAAUUCUGACCAAUUUUUUGACCAUUUUUUGACCAAAAUCUGGCCAAAACAGUGAUUUGAUCAAAAAUUGGUCGAAAAUUGGCCAAAAAAUGCACCAAUUUUUUCCAACUUUCUCCCACCACGUCUGUUUCUUGCAGUAAUAAUGCCCGAAAUCCAUCACAUCAAAAAUUUCGCGCCAAUCAACGCAGAGCCCGAAAAACCCGAGGAAAAGCCCGAAGAAACUGCAAAAACACCGGAAGCUGCGAAAGAAGAGCUUCUAGAUAUGAAGGGAAUGAAAUCGAAUAACUUCAGGAAUUCUGGAAUCAAGGUGCUGGAUUAUCUUGUAAAACAGGAUGAAGCGCUGAAAACAUCGAGGUGUACACCUUCUGUGAAACCGGGAUAUCUGAAGUCGCUGAUCCCUGGAAAAGCUCCACAAAAACCGGAAGACAUUGAUGAGAUUCUAGAGGAUUAUCACAAAUUAAUAGUGCCUGGAUUGUCUCACUCAAAUCACCCGAAUUUCCACUCAUUCUACCCGGCUGGCAACUCUUUUCACUGCAUGUUGGCUGAUUUGCUAGGCGGACAUAUCGGUGAUUCGGGAUUCUCGUGGUCCGCAAAUCCCGCGCUGACAGAGCUCGAGAUUUUGAUGAUGGAUUGGUUGGGUGAUAUGAUGGGUCUGCCCAAGGAGUUGCUUUUGUACCCGGAUGGAAGUCGAGGCGGCGGGUGUAUGCAGAAGUCUGCCUCAGACAUGGUUUACCUGGUGAUGGCGGCGGCCAGGAAUGAUAUUCUGAAACAGAUGAAGGUGACGCAUCCCAAUGAGAAUCGCAAUGAUUUGCUGCCCAGAUUGGUGGCCUACACAUCUACUGAAGCGCAUUCGUCGAUUCGAAAAGCGGCGGCGAUGGCGAUGGUGAGGGUGAAGGUUUUGCCGACUGAUGAUAAGUAUAGUUUGCGUGGAGCUACGUUGUAUAAUGCGAUUGCGGUGGGUUUUUUGGGGUGGCCUAGAAAACCAAACCGAUAUGGCCUAGAAAACCGAAGAAAAUUCCGUGUGUACUUCUCUUGGAAAACGUGGAAAAUUUGAAUUUUUCAAAUUUCCCGCCCAAAUCUGUGUUGUUCUCUUGGAAAACAUUGAAAAUUUGAAUUUUUGAGGAGAAAAUUUGAAAUUUUCAAAAUUCCCGCCUAAAUUUGUGUAGUUCUCGUGGAAAAUUUGAAUUUUUCGAACAAAAUUUGAAUUUUUGAAUUUCCCGCCUAAAUUUGUGUAGUUCUCUUGGAAAACGUGGAAAUCUUGAAUUUUUCAACAAAAAAUUUGAAUUUUUCAAAUUUCCCGCCCAAAUCUGUGUAGUUCUCUUGGAAAAUGUGGGAAAUUUGAAUUUUUCAAGAAAAAAUUUGAAUAUUUCGAAUUUCCCGCCUAAAUAUGUGUAGUUCUCUUGGAAAACGUGGAAAUCUUGAAUUUUUCGAGAAAAUUAAAUUUUGUUGACAGAUUUUUUGAUCUGAAAAUAAGGAAUUUCUUUUAUAUGACCUAGAAACCCAAAUCCAGAAUCAAUAUGGCCUAGAAAACCAAAUACUGAAUCUAUAUGGCCUAGAAAACCAAAUUUAAAACCGAUAUGGCCUAGAAAAUCAACAAUAACAGCGAUAUGGCCUAGAAAAUCAAAAAUAGCAGCGAUAUGGCCUAGAAAACCAAAUAUAGCAUCGAUAUGGCCUAGAAAACCAAAUACUGAAUAUAUAUGGCCUAGAAAAUCGAAAAUAGCAGCGAUAUGGCCUAGAAAACCAGAAAUUGUGUAGUUCUCUUGGAAAACAUUGAAAAUUUGAAUUUUUGAGGAGAAAAUUUGAACAUUUCGAAUUCCCCGCCUAAAUCUGUGUAGUUCUCUUGGAAAACGUGGAAAAUUUGAAUUUUUCGAAAAAUUAAAUUUUGUUGACAGAUUUUUGAUCUGAAAAUGAAGAAUUUCUUUUAUAUGGCCUAGAAAACCAAAUAACAGAAUCAAUAUGGCCUAGUUUUCAGAACGAUAGAAACCGCGGCCUCAUCCCAUUUUUCGUCGCCGCCACUUUUGGCACAACCGGUCCCUGCUCCUUCGACAACAUUCACGAAAUCGGCCCGAUUUGUCGAGACAAAGGGAAUUUGGCUACACGUCGAUGCCGCCUACGCCGGUUCCGCCCUGAUUGUUCCAGAAGUUCGUGUCCUGAUGCGAGGAAUCGAGUGGGUUGAUUCGUUUUCAACGCAACCGAGCAAACUCGCCAUCUCAGUCUGCGAUGUUUGUUGUCUUUGGGUUCGAGAUCGUUUUCGACUUCAAGCCGCGUCGGUGGAAAAUCAGAUUGAGUUCUCCUAUAAAAGUCUGCCAACAAGUCGGAAAUUUGGCGCGCUUAAAAUGUGGCUUUUCCUUCGCACAAUCGGUGUCGAAAAUUUGCAAAAACAAAUUCGAGAACAUAUUCGAUUGGGACAAUAUAUGGAAGAGAAAUUGAAGAAGGAUAUACGUUUCGAUGUGCAGAAUAAGGUGAUGCUGGGCCUUAUUUGUUUCCGUGUCAAGGCGGAUGAUAAUUUCAACAAGGUGCUGCUCUAUAAACUCAAUGAGACGGGGAAAAUUAGCCUGGCUUCGUGUACUUUGGGAGAUCGAUUUGUGUUGAGAUUGUGUAUUAAUACACCGAAGAGUACUGAAGCUGAUUUGGAUGCGGCAUUUGAUUUGAUUUGUUUUGAGACUGAUGCGUUGAGACGUGAGUUUGGGGGGAGGUCUUGGCUCAAGGCGCUGCUGCUUGUCAUAGAAGUGUAAUGGUUGAUGACCUCCCAGUCAUCUCCAUUAUGUAUUUCAAUCAUAGAUAUAACAACCUUUACAUGUAUAAUAUUUAUUACAAGUAAAAUAUGUUAUCGGCCGAUGUAUGUGGCAACAUAGUAAAGAAUGAGCUUCUUAGAGAGGCGGGGAGACACUUGGGUGCACAUGGUGACUCUCAAGGCGCAGAUCUUGUACAAUGAGGUUCUCAAGGCACUGCUGCUUGUCAUAGAAGAUCUCAAGGCGCGGCUGCUAGACGAUAGGGUUGUCAAGGCUCGGCUGCUUGCUAGGGUGACUCUCAAAGCGCGGGUCCUAUACAUUCAGGGUCUCUAGGAGCGGCUUCUUGUCAUAGAAGAUCUCAAGACGCGGGUGCUAGACGAUGAGGUUCUCAAGGCCCAGAUGCUUGCUAGAGUGGUUCUCCCGAUGCGGGUCCUAGACGAUGAUGUUGUCUAGGCGCGGCUACUUGAGAACUAGGCUUUCUAAGCGCUUAUCCUUGAUAAUUGAGCUCUCCAAAGUUGGCUACUAGACAACUGGAAUGUCUAGGUGCAGCUACUUGGCAUAGAAGCUCUCAAGGCGCCGCUCCUUGCCAGAGUGUAUUUCUCGGCGCUGUUCCUAGACGUUACGGUUCUUCAGGCGCCGCUGCUUGGAAUAGAAAUUCGGAUUUAGAGAAAAAAUAAUUUUGAUCUACCGAAAAAUUUUCCAAAAAUCCUGUUCCAGCAUUCCAAGAUCGUGUCGAAGUGAUGAAUGAAGAAGAACUCGAAGAAUUCAUUCAUCUCCCAAUGAAAACUCAAAUGAUCUACGCAAACGCCUCAAAUACUCAACUCCCCCAACUCACUUCAUUUGUAUCCGAUGCCGCAUUAAUGAGCCCGACUAAAGGAGCACAUUCACAGGAGAAUAAUCAGCAUACCAAAAAAGAUUGA